AUGCAGGAUCCCAAGCUUCUCUACGCCAUUGAGGGCGUCAGCGCCUACCAGCUCGGCUCUGGCCGCGAGGAACCCCUCACGCCCUCAGGUCCCCAGACCCUUUCCCUGCUGAUGGUCCCUACCUCUUCUGGCUUCGCCGACCCAAACACUGUAAACACGGAGGAGGACUUCUAUCUUCACCUGCACCUACCGCCGGAGCUCGACCUGCCUAUGCCUGCCACAACCCAGAUCUACCACCAGCCGCCCACGAGCUACCUCAUCCCCCGCUGGGACCUGGGUCCCGAAAGCGGUGCCUUCACCAGGCUAGAAUUUCCGGCCGUUAAAAGCAGGCCUGGCGUGCAAGAAGACGUUGAUACUUUUGAGACUAUCCUUGCGCAAUGCACGGCCUUCCUCGAGCGCGCGCAGGCGCCCGUGUCGAGCAAAAAGAAGGAGAGCGACGCUGCACGUGCCAAGGCCAGGGAAGCCGCUGGGGAGGAGCUCCCACCGUACAACCCAGCGGACUAUGAGCCAGGUCAAGCCUACGCGGCGGGCAGCAGCAGCGCCCAAGCCCAGCAGCAGGGCGGUCGCAUCGUCCUCGUCGACCAGGAAGACGGCAGCGUCAUUGGUGAGCUCGGUGAAGGCUUCCAAGUCGUCGAGGAUGGCGCUGUGCAGCCCGGGUCAAAAGACCCUGUCAUGGUCGCCCUCCCGCAAGACGGGAGCCAGAACAUUGCCAUUGGCCCCGCGCCGCAAGAGUACGUGGGCAAAGACAUGCACCCGGCGUACAAAAAGUCCACCAUCGUGAGCGGUGCGUCCAAGGCGUCGCAGCUGCUUGUCACGACGUCGGACUUUGUCACCCGUACCAUGUCGACGCAGGCAGACAACUUCACAAAGAGCACACAGCCCGUCAAGCCGGUGACUUUCCAGCCGACCACCCACGAGCACAUACGGCGCAUCAACACCUUAUCCACAAAGGCGGCUGGUCUCUCGACUGCGACGGUGGGCACCAUCUCCAAGUAUGCCCAGAACUUUGGCGCGAGCGUCGCCAAGAGGAAGGACGGGUCGGCACGAGGGUACGACAAGGACGGCAAUCCGAUCGAUACCUACAAGCCCGGCGUGCUCAACAAGUCGCUCAUGGCGUUCAACACCGUGGUGGACGGCGUGGAGCAGGCGGGACGCAACCUUCUGACGGGCGCAUCGUCCUCUGCCACGCAAGUCGUGGGCCAUCGAUGGGGUCCCGAGGCUGGCGAGGUGGCUGGUCACAUUGGCGGCGGCGUCAAGAACGUGGGACUUGUCUACAUUGACGUCACGGGCGUCUCGCGUCGCGCCAUCCUGAAAAGCGUUGCCAAGGGUAUGGUGGUGGGCAAUGUCAAAGGUGGUGGCCAGGUCAUCGUUGGGGGUGAGGAGGGCGCUACGCCGGAUGGGAAGCAGAGCGGCCGGUCCACGCCCCAGAGCGUGUACGGAGACAAUGCGAGCAUGGCCAGUGGAAGGCCCUUGUUGAAUCGCAAUCAGUCGUCGCAGAAAUCGGCCAUGGGGCAGUACAAAUAA